CUCUCUCCGGUGCACACUUCUUCCGUGCAUUUGAAAUAAUUUUGUAUUAUGUGUAUUGAGAAUAUUUUGAGAGCCUUGUGUCAAAAACUUAACGCAGAUAUUAUUUAUCUUACUUGUAGCUGUGUGGGCUUUUGGAGGCGUGAAAGGGUGGGUUACGUAACCGUUAACAUGUUUGCAAUGUUGUCAUUGACGGCGUCGGGUCGAGUUUUGAAAAUAGUUAGGAAAUGGUGGGUGUGAGUGGUGGUUUGUACAGUCCCUCUUCACUUAAAUGUGAAUGGAGAUUCGUGAAUGAAAGGCAGCAUAGUUAUGUUGUGAUCAGUUACCUAUUCCAUAUUCACAUUGUAUUCUGUCAUGCUUGAAUAUCGCAAAAUAACAAAAUAAGCAUCGUCAAAGGUAAAAUGUGAUAGAAAGUUUCAUGGCAAAUAUUUCAAGCACAAGUCUCGGGGAUAAGUGUUUGGACGUUAGCAUGUUUAAGCGACAUCAAAAGCCCAUACAUAUCGGCCACCUGAGGCUAGAAACGUAAACCGGGCCACUUUGAUUUGUGGGCGACAGCCGGUAAGGGCUUGCUGAAUGAACAUACUUCACACGAUCGAGACGCUGGCCUGUUUUCGGUUGUGAGCGCAGGUUGUGACGGAGACGCGCAGUAAUAAUCAGCUGGGUCUGGGGCGCUUAACGAGCCUUUAAAGUUGUCAAACUCUCUUGAUAGAUAUCCAUGAAUUUUGGCCGUUGGAGCGGGUAUAAAACCGUACUACCGUCUAAAUAUGUUGGACAUGCUCGACGUUUCAACUUGAAAUAUUUGCCAAGCGUUUUUCACUUCCUGCUUUUGACGAUCCUCAUCUGAUUUUCUGCGAUUUUCUGCACUUUUAGUAGGCAUGGUAAUAAGCAAUGUGCCCACCUUCUUUUUGAAAUGCCGCAUGUGUUGAACUCUUGUCAAAUCAAAAGACCAUGUUUCCAGGCUUGUGUAACACGUGUCUUAAGAGUCUGCCCUUUCAGGAGUUUGACCAUCAGCCGGAUGUGAAUGCCAUCUUGAACCAAGAGGGUGUGGAGAGGCUGGCCCUGAACGAGAGCACGGUGAACAUCGGCAAGGAGCGUGUCGGCCCCAAGGACUUCGAGCUGCGCAAAGUCCUCGGCAAGGGUGGCUACGGAAAAGUGUUUCAAGUGAAGAAGACGUCUGGCAAGUAUGUCGGGAAAGUUUUCGCCAUGAAGGUGUUGAAGAAGGCGACUAUUGUUCGAAAUCAAAAGGACACGGCACACACUAAAGCGGAACGGAAUAUACUGGAAGCGGUCAAGCACCCGUUCAUCGUGGACCUGAUGUACGCGUUCCAAACGGGCGGCAAGCUGUACCUGAUCCUGGAGUACCUGUCCGGCGGCGAGCUGUUCAUGCACCUAGAGCGUGAGGGCAUCUUCAUGGAGGACACAGCCAGCUUCUACCUGUCGGAGAUCAUCCUGGCGCUCGAACAUCUCCAUCUGCAGGGCAUCAUAUACAGAGACCUCAAGCCUGAGAACAUUCUGCUCGACUCCACUGGCCACGUUAAGCUGACUGACUUCGGCCUAUGCAAGGAGAGCAUCCAGGACGGCCUGGUCACGCACACGUUCUGCGGUACCAUCGAGUACAUGGCACCCGAGAUUCUGACGCGUACGGGCCACGCCAAGGCGGUCGACUGGUGGUCGCUGGGCGCGCUCAUGUACGACAUGUUGACCGGCGCCCCGCCCUUCACCGCCGAGAACCGCAAGAAGACAAUUGAGAAGAUCCUGAAGGGCAAACUCAGCUUGCCGCCCUACCUGACGGCCGAUGCGCGCGACCUAGUCCGCAAGCUGCUCAAGCGGCAGGAGAAGCAGCGCCUUGGCAGCGGACCCGAGGACGCCGACCCGAUCAAGUCUCACCUGUUCUUCAAGAACACCAGCUGGGCGGACGUGGCGGCGCGCCAGCUUGAGCCGCCCUUCAAGCCCAGCCUGACGAGCGAGGAAGAUACCUCGCAGUUCGACCAGCGGUUUACAAACCAGCCGCCGGUCGACUCUCCGGACGACUCGCACCUCUCCGAGAGCGCCAAUCUCGUGUUCGAGGGGUUCACGUACGUGGCGCCCUCAAUUCUGGAGGAGAUGAACCGGCCCAUGUCGUUCCGCUCGCGCUCGCCGCGUAAGCCGGUGCGCGGCCCGUUCUCCUACCAGCAGCAGCCGUCGCCACUGACGGUCGGCACCGCGCAGGACGAGAUGAUGGACACGUCGCAGCAGAUGCCGCAGCCUAACGGAUCGUCGGAGGUCACCAGGCUGUAGUCGGCGCGGCGGCCACCACGCGGCGCCACCGUCGUGCGCCGUCCUGCGGACUCGCCCGGCCGGCCACGCUGUCGGCGGCAUUGCCCUUCACAGUGUGAAGCUAGUAUCGGAUAACAGUGUUGAGAGCUUAUGUCUAGAAAUGCGGUUGGAUGUGGGCAGUGCGGAAUGCGUCAAACCCGUCUUCAUAAAAACGCUUUUAAGACAUCAUUUGUGUCUUAGAAAUAGUUGGCACCCUGUCAUAAUGUUUGUAAUGUUUAGAUUUUUAUCAUCCGCGAAAUGACGGCUCUAUUUUUAGGGUCCGAAUGAUCUUUGUUAAAGCGUGCCUUGGGAAGGGUCGGCCGGCCGGACUCAUGCCGCUGCUGAUGGCCUGUUACAAUUAACAGGGGCGUUGCGUUCGAACCGGGCGAAGAUAUGGCGCACGAGUAAAAUAAAACACCGUUUUGGACAGCUAUACUCAUUCCUUGUGCGGCUUCUGAGUACGUCGCCUGCGUUCCUGUGCGGUGGCCGCGUGGCGUGUUCUUUUUAUACGGAUAACGCGAGCGUGCCGGGCGUGUCGUCCAUUGCCUUACGUGAUGGUGGGGCGCGUGGGGUCUCGCGCCGGACAGGUGUACGGGUGUGGGAAGCGCUGGCCGGGACUGGCGGCGCCCCGGACCCCUCCGGACCGGUCUGCCCUGUAGCGAUAAGACGUGUAAUCGUGGCCGACGGCGGGAGCCUACGCUGACUACGCCACAUGCCAAUAUCACUCGUAAAUUAAUAUAAAUAUAAUGACAAGCCUU